UUUUUUUCACUUUUUUAAUUCAAGUUUUAAUUCAUCAAACUUCUUUUUUUUUUCGUCGUUUGUUUUUCUUUUUAUUCCAAAAUAAGUUUUCAAUAGUCAAUGAAAAAAAACAUCAAUAUAUUGAUGAAUUAAUCAAGAGAAUAUGUUUGUACCACGUUCAGAAAGUAUUACAUUGAAUGAAUUUCUAUCUUUACCUCCUUCUGAUAUAAGUACCAUACCAUUACAAUUAACAAUUUAUAAUAAUAAUAAUAAUGAUAAUAAUAAUAAUAAUAAUAACACUCCAAUUGAACAAAAGUUUAAUCAUAAACAAAAUAUAUCACAAUCAAUGAAUUAUCCUACAUUCAUGAAUUAUUCAUCAAUAAAACAAUCAAUGAAUAAAGAAGAAAUUAAUUCUAUUUCAAAAGAAAUCAUAAAUCCAUCUAUUAUAACACAAACUAAAUUAAAUGUUUUCAAUAAACAACCAUUAAAACGAUCAAAUACAGUUAGUGUAACCGAUAUAACUAAAACUAGAAAUGAGAAAUUCAAUAAUAAUAAUAAUAAUAAUCAUAUAUCAAUUGAUAAUUUAAUAAAAUCUAUUAAACAACCAAAAAAAAAUUUACCUAUCCAAUAUAAUCAAUUAAUAAAUACAUUAAAUGAUACGGUGAUUGAUAAUGAUUAUUUAAUUCAAAAAUUACAUCAACAACGAUUAUUUCAACGAGCUCAAAGUGAACAUCCUAUCCGCGGUAGUAGUAGUAGUAGCAGUAGUAAUAAUAAUAAUAAUAAUGAUAAUAGUGAUAAUAAUAAUGUUCCAAACAGUCAUAGUGUGAGUUUACCAUCUCAUACUUGGAAUAAUAAUAAUAAUAAUAAUAAUAAUAAUAAUAAUAAUAAUACUUCAUCUACAUUUCGUUCGAUAUUUUCACAACGUGGAUAUAAUUUUGGCCGAUCAUUUUGGCAACAAAAUUUUACAUCUGAUCAAAAUGAUCUAAAAUCAUCAUUAGAUGAUAGUAUAAUUAUGGAUACUAAGGGACUGGCUUUACUUAGAAACAGUAUUUAUAAUGAUCAUUGUGUGAAAAAUUAUGUAUACAAACAUCUACAAAAGAAGGGCUACUUUUAUCUAAAUCACUUUGCUUUAUAUUUAAUUACUUCAACGACAGCAGUAACGUCAUCAACGUCGGCAACGAUAUCUUCAACAGGAACACCAACACAUUUUAAUAAACCAUCUUCUGACCAAUACAUUUCUAAAGUGAUAUGGAGUGAAAAAUUUGUGGAGGAAUUCUUAAAGAAAUCUUUAUUAACGACUUCAGCAAACAAUGUGGUGCAUACUCAAAAUGAACCAGUCUAUUUAUCCAGCAGUUUUUCAGGUACAACUCUGGUUCAAUGGUUUUGCCGACAUAUCAUUAAAUCUGGAUGUCCUUGGAGUCAUGGUCUAAUUUCAGUUGUAUGUCAACUUUGUAACUGUCUUUUACAAUUGGGUGUUCUUAGACGUGAUCUAAAGUCAAAAACAGUCAACUCCACAUCGACAGAUAAUAAAUCAUUUCGCAUACAUAACAUUAAUUCAUACAGAAGUUCCUCGAACUCUACUACAGAGAUAUUUGAGCUUAAUAUGGAUUAUGUAUGGAGUGGUUAUAAUGUACAAGAAAAUAUAACUGUUAACAAUAGUUCAAUUAAUGCAAAUAAUACUCAGCCAUCAUUAAUUCAAGAACAACAACAACAAAUUGAUGAAUAUAAACAAUUUCAAAUGACCAUUUAUAAUCAUUUAAUAAAUCUUCAUAAAGAAUUUCAAUAUGAAUUAGAUCGAGUAACAAGAGAACAUGAAUUACAAUUAUUUAAGGUAAAAAAUCAAGGUGUUAUGAAAGUAUGUCAAUUAACUGAUAGAAUUGAAGCAUUAGAAAAUCAAGUUGAAAAAUAUCGUAUACUUGCCGGUAUAGAACAAUUAAAUCAAUCAACUAUAAUCAAUAAAAAUAAUUCAUUACAUAAUUGUUAUUCUUCAUUAUUUACUCAUAAAAAUCGAUUAUCUAAAGUAAAAUUUAAUUUACCAAAUGAAAAUUUAUUAAAUCAAUUACCUAGAAGAACAAGAGCAUACAGUGAAACAAUUGAUAUGAAUAAUAUUAAUGAUAAUAAUAAUAAUAAUAAUAAUAAUAAUAAUAAUAAUUAUAAUAAACCUGAUUAUAUAAAAUCAAGUAUGAUACAUAUUUUAAAUGAUAUAGAACAGUUAUUAUCACCAACGUAUCAACAACAACAACAACAACAACAAUUGGAUCAACAACAGAAACAACAACAACAACAAGAACAUCAAUUUGAUCAUCAUCAUCAUCAGCAGCAACAGCAGCAGCAGCAACAACAACAACAACAACAACGAUCUCAAUAUUCCAGAUCCAAUUCAAUGAAGCUAUACAAAUCUCAUGAAUUAUCUCUUUUAAAAAAUUCUAAACAAAAAUGUGAAUCUUUUAAUAUUCAAGAAAAUGAAAAUUCAUAUAAUAAUAGAAAUCGUAUAGAUUUAAAUUAUCAUUCAUUUAAUAAUGAUACUAUUAAUAAUGGUAAUAAUAAGAUUAUAGAAGAUAAUGCAAAUAAGAUGAAUAGUUUAUCCAAACUCAACCAUGAUAAUAUACAUCCAUAUGAAAAUUCAAUGAAUACAACAUUAGCAACUAAUAAAAAUAAUAGUGAAAUUCAUCAAAAAAUAAAUUUGAGAAAUUUCACACCUAGAUUUUUAUCAGUACCACCAUAUUCAAAAUUUAAUAUAAAUCAAACUACUUCUAUAUUAUCGAAUAAUCAAUCGAUUCUUGGAAUUCUAGCCAAUUAUGAUGCAAACAAUAAAUAUAAUACUCUUAAAAUAUCUAGGAAAGAAGAUCACUGUUGAACAACAACAACAACAACAACAACAACAACAACAAUGAUAAUUAAAUGCGUGAAAGAUGUCAAAGGAAUUGAUAAAAACAGGAAAAAUAACAUAACUAAAGAAAUUGAUUUUUAACUCUAUAUUGGAAUGAUACAUUUAUUGGUACUUCAAUAUUUACAUAUUAAAACUUCAACUAUCUGGUAAACGUUCCAAUGGUUGUUGUAUCGAUUACAUUAGAACAACUGAGGUAAUAAUUAAUUAAUUUUCAAUAGUAAUAAUAAUAAUAAUAAUAAU